AUGUCCUCAUCGUCAGCGACCGUCUACGUGAAGUACAACUCCGAAGAUCCGCCUCCUCAUCCCGGACCAUCGUGGACACGCUUUGUAUGCAUCUCCGAUACCCACUCCCAUGUCUAUAAGGUACCACCUGGCGAUGUGCUCCUACACGCGGGUGACCUGAGCGCCGGCGGAGCGUUCAAGCGACUCAAGGUCACCUUGGACUGGCUGAAGACCCUCCCGCAUCCUGUGAAGGUUCUGAUUGCAGGAAACCAUGACCUGUGUCUAGACGAGGACUGGCAAGAAGGAGGGUAUUGGGCGAAUAGAGCGGGAGGGGCUAUCAGGACAAAGGACGCAAUUGCUGCUCGACGACUAGUACGCAGCGAAGCAUUGCGUAAUGCAGGAAUGCACUACUUGGAAUACGAGUCAACAGAAAUAACAACACCGGUAGGUCGAACUCGGAAAGUGUAUGGGUCACCGGCUGCGCCCCGUUACUCCUGGGGUGCGUUUCAGUACGACUACAAUGCAAGCGGGGAGAUCUACUCCCGGAUACCGGAGGAGACGGAAAUCUUGCUGACGCACACCCCUCCGUAUGGCAUCCUCAACCAGACCAGGAAAGGCACUGCGGCUGGCUGCAAGGACCUUGCUAGGCGGUUAGCAAGUGAUGAUCUACGGCCGUGCCGGCUGCAUGUCUUUGGCCAUAUACACGAGUCGCAUGGCGCUGUUCUUCACGAGGAGAGUGCUGAACUGCCAUGCGGGCGGGUCAGCGUAAAUGCUGCGCUUGCGUACGGCGGUCAGGGGGUUAUCGUUGACCUAAAGAACUAG